GAUUAAUCGGAAAUCUCGAUAAUCGCAGCUGGUCGUGGCCGUACAGAACAGUAGACAGCAACCAGGAAGGAAUCGUGAAAUAAUUGUUUUCCCCUCCCUCUCGGUGUUUAACAUUGACUUGAAAAAUUCGUGUGUGGCGAGCUUGACAAGUCGCACGAUCAGCGGACAUUGCAACGUUUGUGUACUCGCGUCUACGGUGUUCACCUAACCUCGAUCAAACAUUCGUUUCAAGUUACGGACAAAUAUAUCUCGAGCGGGAUAUCGUGCUACAUCCUCCGUCUCUCUCUUUUUUCCUCUCCCUCUCCUUUUCUAAUACUUUUCUAUUUAUUCACUCCGUCUUUUUUUUUCUGUUCUAUUCCAAAGUGUACACACAAUAAGUGCGUAAUAACGCGAUAAAAACGCAUUAACAUUGCAACUCGGGCAUUUCGUGUGACGAGACCGUCGAUAAGAAAGCUUUCGACUGAAUUUAGUGUAGUAGUGUGUGUAAGUGUCUCGACGAUACUUAGAAACAAGCGGGAGAAACGGUCGUGGUGAGAUUUCUUGUUACGACCGACAAAGAAAAGGAGACAAAAUUUCGAAGAUUCACAGUCUAUGAACGCCAAGGGCCAAGAGGACCCUGGGGAAGAUCACGCUUCCAGGGGAGGAACAAAGAGCCCUUGCAGCGACAUGAAGCGUGCAGUUGCCAAAAAGUUGAUCGAGCGAUAUUUUUAUCAAUUAACUGAUGGAUGUGGCAAUCCAGAUUGUGACAAUCAAAACUGUGCAUCAAGUGGCAAAGUAACAAAUCUAACUCCAAAUCAAGCUGCAGCUCAAGCUAUCCAAUUAUUUUCCCAAGAAGCAAGACUUUGCGAUGGAACACAACCUAGUAAAGUAGCUCGAACAACUUUAGAACCAGGCCCAGCAUCUUUAGCUAAGAGUUUACCAGUUAAAAGUGUGAAUCCAACUUGUUCAGAUGAAGGUAUUGCAUCAAAUUCCAACAUAAAUCCUGUUCCUACAACUAUUGACAUUCUAACAUCCUCAGUAAAAAUGGAUAUUUCUGUUGAUACAAAUGAUUUGAUGCCUCCAUCUCAAGCUUUAAAAGAUAACAGUGUUCAAGUUUCUUUCAAUAGCAAAUUGCCAAAUAAUAUUGAAGUUUGUGAGGAAUCAAUUUCAAAGGAAAAGUCACCUAUUCUACAUUCUAUUCUAUCAAUGGAUAGGAAUACUGGUUCAUAUCAAUUUCUCAAAACAGAUUACAAUGAUAAUUCUAUUUCAAAUAAAUUAAUACAAUCAGAUGAAGAAAUUUUUCAGAGAAUAUUACAUAGGUAUAACAUUCAUAUUCCAAAUUAUAACAAUUCAAAUGUUAAACCAAAGAAAAGAACAUAUAAAAUGGAUAAGAAACAUAAACGAAAGCAGGAUCCAUAUCUUACAGAAGCAAAAUUGUUGGAUAUAAUAGAAAGAUGUAAAUCAGAAGGAUCUUAUUCAUUAUUAAUUCGUACAUUGGGAGAGGUAUUUUCAUGUGCAAAGGCACUGAGUCUUAGUUUUCAAAAAACAGUAAAAAAUGACUCUCCCUUGGCCGCUCUUCUUGAUAGAGCUUCAGAUAGUCUACUAAGGCCACCUGGUGAUAUGGACAAAGAAGCAAUUCGAUCUAUUCAAGGAGAAGACAAAGAAGAAGACAGCAGUGAACCAUCACCCAUAGUUCCUAAUAAUGAUGAUACAAGCAUUGACUUACCAGCUGUGCGACGAGCUUUUGCUGCUCUUUGGUCUUUACCAGGAGAAGUGUUUAAAUCUGCUUUGGUCAAUGCACUAGUCACUUUGGCAGAUAAUAUUGAACUAGACUUGAGAGUAUUUCGUAUUAUGCCAUGGGAUAAUAUGGACAGUUUAUUAAAUGUAUUCCUGAUUGUAUUUGAAAUUCCUAUGCUUGGAAACAGUGAAUAUUUAGAACUUGCCCUUCAUAUGCUUUGUAAAGCAUUGAGCUGUUUCCCUAUUGUGGCACAAGCUAAACUAGCACGUGUAUGGGCUAAACAUUGUAAAUCUCGACUUCCAAGUAUUUUACAAGCUCUGCAAGAAUUGAUAACUGUCAAGGUAAUAGGUGGAUCUUUUACACGGGAUUAUUGUGUUCAAGAUGCGGACACUAUUACUGCUCCGACGAAAGUUAUGAAAAUUUUAUAUUAUGCAAGUAUGUUAGCUGGUGAAUUAGAUGAACCUGACUUAAACGUAGAUGAAGAUUGUGAAUCUACAAGUAACGACAAAUCUGGCAGAUCUCUAUCUCAAAUUCCUCAGGAUCCAUUAGCUAAGGAAUUAGGAAUUACUGCAUUAGAUGCACGAAAACCAUUUAUACCUUUUACGGAUUUUUAUAAUGAACCACUUAGUGAUGCGAUAGAAAUGGACAAGGAUUUUGCAUACUAUAAAAGCGAAGAACCUAUGAAAUUUAGUUUUAUGAAUUAUGCUUUUAUCCUCACUCCAGCUACAAAGACGCUGGGCUUGUAUUAUGAUAAUCGUAUUAGAAUGUAUAGUGAACGCCGAAUGAGUUUUUUACAAACUGUCGUUGGACAACCUACUAAUCCCUAUUUAAAACUAAAGGUGAGGAGAGAUCGUUUAAUAGAUGAUGCGUUAGUCGAAUUGGAAAUGAUCGCGGUAGAAAAUCCAUCUGAUCUUAAGAAGCAAUUAGUCGUUGAAUUCGAAGGUGAGCAAGGAGUCGAUGAGGGUGGAGUGUCCAAAGAAUUUUUCCAAUUGAUUGUAGAAGAAAUUUUCAAUCCUGAUUAUGGAAUGUUUACAACUCAGGAAGAUACGCAAAUGACAUGGUUCAAUCCAACAUCAUUUGAAAGUGACGCACAUUUCACGCUAAUAGGUGUUGUUCUUGGCCUAGCGAUAUACAAUAACGUAAUAUUAGAUGUACGUUUCUCUAUGGUAGUUUAUCGAAAAUUGCUUGGUAGAAAAGGAUGUUUCGCCGAUUUAGAAGAUUGGAGUCCUACGUUAUAUCGAACAUUGAAGGAAUUGAUGGAUUAUACUGGAGAUGAUAUGGCAGAAACAUUUAUGCAAACUUUCAGAGUGGCUCACAAAGAUGUUUUCGGUUCGAUAUCUUUCCAUGAUUUGAAACCGAAUGGUGACGAAAUAUUUGUAACACAAGGAAACAAAAAAGAAUUUGUAGAUCUUUAUGCGGACUUUUUACUUAAUAAAUCUGUAGAAAGACAAUUUAAGGCAUUUAGACGUGGAUUUCAAAUGGUCACGGAUGAAAGUCCACUUGCACUACUUUUUAGACCCGAGGAAAUUGAACAACUUGUUUGUGGUAGCAAAGUUUUUGACUUCGCGGAAUUGGAAGCCGCUACGGAAUAUGAAGGUGGUUACACUGUUGAUAGUAAAGCAAUACGUAAUUUCUGGCGUGUUGCGCAUUCAUUACCACCAGAAAGCCAACGAAGACUACUUCAAUUUACUACUGGAAGCGAUAGAGUUCCAGUUGGUGGUUUAUCAAGGUUGAAAAUGGUGAUUGCUAGACAUGGUCCAGAUUCUGACAGGUUACCAAUAGCCCAUACAUGUUACAACAUAUUACUAUUACCGGAUUACAGUACAAUAGAAAAGUUACAAGAUCGGCUGUUGAAGGCGAUCAAUUACUCAAAAGGUUUCGGCAUAUUAUAAAUGUGCAUGAAACAGCUUUGAUACCCCGCCCCCCCC